GACGGCGAAGUAGGCUUUCUGCAGGGGCAGAACAUGAUGACGGAGUCUGUGUGGACGAAGUAGUGUGUGGAUUAGGAAGAGGGGUAACGGAUGGAGACAAAACCAGGGGAGGUAGGAGUGGUGAAGACAGGGGUGGUAGAGUUGUCGGAAGGUGGUAAUGCAGGCAUGGCCACAGAUGCCACGGAGGAACGCACCGAGACCAAGGGCGACAAAGCAACUGCGGUGGUCACGGAUGCCAUGGAGGAACACACCGAGACCAAGGGCGACACAACAGCUGCGGUGGCACCGGAUGCCAUGGAGGAACACACUGAGACCAAGGGCGACACAACAGCUACGGGUCGAGUUGCUCCCGCGGAAUCAAUCGUAGAAGCAACCAAGGCCGAUAAGGAAGAGGCUGCGAACCGAAAAGGAGCAGCCAGGGUCACAAACAACAUGGAAGGGGUUACUAAGACUGAUGAGGACGCAGGUGCGGUAGACGCAAGUAAUGAAGAAGAGGUUGUGAUAGGUGUGACAGGUGCCGAUAAUGAAGAAGGGGUUGUGACAGGCGUAGUUCGAGGACAGUGUGUGGAUACCCGAGAAAGCGGGUGAUGAAUAGACCAUCGAAGCAUGUUGUGGAACCAGCUGGAGAGGCGGGUCACGUGCGCAGGGUACAUGUGUUGACGUUUACGAAUAUAGGAAGUCCAUCCUUUUGCAAGCGUUGUUGGAGAGUGCCCGCGAAAAAGCAUGCGGCGUGUGAGCAUCGCUGCUGCAGUUUUGAAAUCAUACCUGUUGUUGCAGACAUACUCAAACCUAGUAAGCUGACCUGUAAACACUCCCGUCGGCUGGUGUGCAGGGACGUUAGACGUAGCACUAGGAUAA